AACCUUUUCACCUAUAGCGAUACGUCACUACGUACACUUGUACACUGUGAAAGCCAUGCCGGUGUGUUUCCUCGCGUACAGCUGACUCUUCGACGGAUAAACAGAUACCAUGUCAUGGUUUCCAGAGAAAAAGACCAGCAAGUCCUGGAUACACCAGAUCUGUACAAAGAUCCUCAAAACUGGCCCUGUCCCCAAACAUGUCGCCAUCAUCAUGGACGGAAACAGGCGUUUUGCAAAGAAAAACAGCAUGGAGAGAGCAGAGGGACAUCUCAAGGGUUUUGAUAAACUUGCUGAAACCCUGGAAUGGUGUCUUGACCUUGGCAUCACAGAAGUAACUGUUUAUGCCUUCAGUAUUGAGAAUUUCAAGCGUUCCAAGGAAGAGGUUGGGUGCCUGAUGGAGAUCGCCCGGCAGAAAUUUGCACGUCUUAUGCAGGAAAGGGAGUUGAUCCAGAAGCAUGAGGUGUGUGUGAGGGUGCUUGGUAACCUGUCUUUGCUGCCCCCUGAUGUACAACAGGUGGUGGCCGAUGCUGUCCACUUCUCCAAGAACAAUACCAGGGCAAUACUGAAUGUGUGCUUCGCAUAUACGUCCAGAGAUGAGAUUUGUGCUGGCAUGCGGGAAUUGGCUGAGGGUGUGUCAAAUGGGCUUAUCAGGACCAGUGAUAUAUCUGAGGAUUUGCUGGAACAGUGUCUGUACACAAGGAAUUCCAGAGAUCCAGAUCUCCUUAUCCGGACUUCAGGAGAGGUGCGACUCAGUGACUUCCUUUUGUGGCAGACUGCAUACAGCUGUCUUGCCUUUGUAAGUGUCCUGUGGCCGGAGUUCAGUGUGUGGCAUCUGUAUUCAGGCGUUCUACACUACCAGAAGAAUUAUCAGGCUGUCAAGGAUGCGAAGGAAAAGAAUGAUGGUGAGAAGGAGAGGAGACAGAGAGAAAGUGACUACGAGAAUGUAGUGAAGGAGAUGAAACAGCAGCGAGGUGUGGAGGAUAGUGAGGACAGUGUUAGUAUACAGUGUAGGCUACAACAGUACGCAAAGGACAGGGAGGCGCGCACACAAACAUUUCUACAGCACCUCGACCACAAACAUGAACAGUUUUUCCAGAAUAUACUACACCAAAAACCAACGCUUACAGCAAAUUGAUGCAAUAUUACAUACUUAAUUAGUAAAUCUAAAUUUUAGUCAUUAAAUUUUAUGAUUUUAAUGCUAGGGGUCCAUUUUAAGACUGUUUUUGUUCUUGCUACAUUUUGUUGUGUAGGUUAACAGAUUAUGUAAUGCCUUUUCAUCAAAGAAUGAGGAGGUCUUUUCAAUAAGAAUGGUCACUAUACUUUAUUUAUUGUACAUGUUGAUGUUUUUAUGUGCAUGGAAUAUUCAUAAAUAACUUUUGAAAAUUUAAGCUGUGGGCCCUAAAAAUUAAUGGCAAUUUAAAACACUUGAAACUUUGAAAUAUGAGUGUUGCCUUCAUGUAAUGUUUGUUCUGUAAAGCAGUUUUACUGUAAAGCAGUUUUACUGUAGUGGUAAUAUUUCACAUGUUGAGGGUUAACAGAUUUUUGUUCAUAUACAAGUAAAUAAUUUUAGAGUGAAAGUCAGUGUUGUGAUUGUCCAAAGUGCACAGUCUAUGAUGCUGCCACCCUUCUUUGAUGUUUUGUCUGAAUGGUGCAAGUCCAGGAAUAUUUCAAUAUCUGAUGAAUGAAUGUUAAUAUAUCUGUAGUUUAUUUAUAUGGAAAUCUAUUGCAAUAUUUAAUGGAAUGAUUUUGUUGAUUCUUUAAAAGAAAAGAAAUAAGAAAUAAACAUUACAAAUCAUGUGAAUUCUUUUAUUUUCCUUCACCAGUAUACAAGGUUUGAUAUGUGAGAAAGAAAACAAUUACAAAGGUCACUCGAACAUGACUAUAUUUAAAGAUUAACAAAACUCGAUAUUACCUGGAAACCUGUGUUAAACAUACCCUGGAUGAGGCCAAACUGUUCUAGAUAUACAUUUAUGUUAAUUGAAUCUGUAAAUAGUAGGUAUUUUCAGAGGCUGAAGAAUUUUCUUUUAAAACACAGUAAAAACAUUUAAGCUGGGGAGUCCAUUGUCACAGAGAUUCCUUGAUAAUAAAAUACAGAGCCUGUAUUUAUUAAAUCCCUCUCAUGCUCAAGCAUAAACUUUGUGCUCGGGCCUCAUUUAUUGUUCCGGUUAUCAAUCAACAAAAAAAUAAUCUUAUUUAUCAAUGAUUUUGAAAAAAUUGAAGACUUAAAUGCCAAAUACUGUUUUCAAUGUUUACAUGUGACAGAGUACAGAAAUCCAUGCUUGAGCAUGAGAACGGUUUCAUGAAUACGUAUCCUGGGCUUGUCCAUUGCACUAUCAGCCAUGAUAUUUGUUUAUGUUAAUAUUUCCCUGCAAAAUUGCUAUGACAAAACUUCAAUUUGUUUCUGCUUCCUAAAAUGUCACAAUCAUCUUUGUGGUAAGUUGUCAUACUCAAUAAGAUUCUGGCUUAGGUGGCAGUGCUAGUCCAGACUAUUGAGCAGUUUCUUCAUUUCUAAAGUCACAGAAGUCUGAAGUGUCAAAAACUUGAACACAUCCUCUUUGAAACAUGCUAUCCGCAUUCAUCUUGCUGAGAUGAAGGUUUCAUUACAUUCAAGGUUACAGCAGUCAAAUGUUUAAAUCUUAUAUAUGUAAGAAUUAUAAUAUUUGGCUUGUAGGUUGCUGUCAGAGGUUGAUGUUGUCCAAAUUAAUUACAUUGACCCACAUGUCUUAGGGACCAAUUGUGUUGACACGGAGUACAAAAUAAUCACAUUUGGUCCUUAAUUUGCAGGGAUGAACUUCUUGUUGAAAUUCAAAUUUUUAAUCAAGAGUCGGGAGUUAAGAAGCUUGAUUUAACGUCGCAUAUACAUGUAACAUAAUAACAUUAGCACUGUAGUGCAUUUCUUGCGACAAAACAUAUAUAAAAUUUAACAAGGAUCACAGUACUUAUGGAUAUAUAUAUAUAUAUUUAAAAACAAGACAACAAUUCAAUUUAGAUAUGCUACAAAUAUACAGUAGAACAUAUGAAAUCACAGUUUAUGCAAAAUAAAAAUUUAGAAAUUUAAAAGAAAUAAUUUAAUAGUGAACACUUGAAUGUCACACAAGUGUUACAAAAGAAAAGUUAAGACACUAUCAUAGUGUAAUGUACUUAUAUGCUAAUGUAGCAAAGUGUACAAAUUUACAGGAUAUACACUAAUAUAGUGUGAAUUAAAAAAAGAGACAAUGAAGUCAUAGAUUGAAACAGAGAGCUAUAAUUAUGAUAUUGUAAAAAGUAAUGAACUUUUAAAUAAUAGAAGUCUAAAAUAACUAUCAAAUAUAUAAUAAGCAUAGUACUGAACUAUAUCAGCAAACUAAAUAACAAAAGCAACAGUGAAGUUAAAGAGUUGAAUUAGAAUACAUGUAGGUAGAUUCCAAAGGGGGACAACUCACACUAUAUGGUGUGUGCAGAUAGCACAUGAGCAGACCUUAUUGCCCCAGGUGCCAAACAGCCCACGGAAUGACUUGUAGUUUUCAGCUAACCGAAGUUCAUUUGGUAGGCUGUUCCACACCUGGGAAGCAGCAAAACGGAAUUCACCAUUGGGACCUUUACGGGGUUAUCUUGCCUCAGAUUGUAAAAAACGUCUUUCCUCUCAACAAGAUUUUGUAAAAUU